AUUACUGAAAAGUCAGCGUAGACUUUACAAUUGUUUAAGACAGUUAUAGUCGUGGUUAUUGGAUAUUUGUAAUUAGAUACAAAAUGGCUCAGGUUGGUCAAUGGUCGCAUUCCCUGUUUGGUUGUUUUGACGACUUCGGAACAUGUAUCAUCGCUUACCUCGUGCCAUGUGUUGCAUUCGGGCAGACGGCUGAGGCCAUUGGAGAAGGCAGCUGUUUUACGUGUGGUCUAGCCUAUCUCGUGCCGGUUCUGAACCUCCUCAUGUGGAUAAAAAUCAGAGGGAGGAUCCGCGAACAGAAAGGGAUCGAGGGCGACACGAUCAAAGACUGUCUGACGAUCCUGUGUUGUCCACUGUGUGCCCUUGUCCAAGAGGCACAAGAGGUCAAGGGGUCACCUCAGGCACAGAGCAUGUGCAGAGAAUAGACUUUGACAACGGUUACUUCCUGUGCCAUAUAUCAAUCACCGCCACCACGUAUGUCGUGUGAUAAUGCGUGUUCUAAAAUAUGUAUAUAUCUUAAAUCCUACUAUUUUUGUAAGUUGCUCUGCUCAACAUGAGAGAUAACUGAAUAGGAAACGGAUCUACAUUAAGAAGGUCGUGUCACUGUUUGGCAUUUACUACAUUCAACGUAACGUAGAUACUAAGUGAUUUUUUAAACGAUAUUGAUUAUGAAUAUGAACUUGUAGGGAAUAUAUUAAUGAAAUGUUUCAUUUUUGUCAUUACUACUGCAUAUAGAUUUUACAGAUGUAGUUGAUAGUA